AAGUUGCUUAACAGAACGCUGAUGAGCAAGAAGUCAAAGUGGAACUUGUGCUAUUAGAGGCUUCGUUGGGACGUGAAAAGAUGUAGUUUACCCUCUUUUCUUUACAGGCCUUCUUCUUCUACCAUGGCUGCGAACCUUCCUUACGAGAUAAGCAAGUUUCAAGAGCAUUCGAGGUUGUUGAAGCAGAUAAAGCGAGAUACGAACCGAUACUUUCAAGAAAUUCAAGAUUCCGGACAGUUCAGCCAAGACGUGUUGUCUGCGUACCUUCCCGAAAACGAGUAUCAGUCCUUAGCGAGGGUUUGUGAGAAACCGCCAACGAUCAUUGUAAUCGGACAAACGUGCUUCGCCAAAGUCUGCGUGAUAAACGAGCUUCUGGGAGAACCUGUCCUUCCCGUAGUCGGAGAGCUUGAUAGCCGCACAUCAUGGCGGAUGAUUCGAAUAAAGUACGGGAAUAUUUCCAACGUAAGUCUCGUUUUGCCCGAUAGUUUUGAACUAGCGGCCAACCUGGACGCGUAUGAAGGCUCGUGGGAAUGUGUUCCUAGAGCAGAUCUUGAACUUACGGACCUACAAAGAGACGAUCCAGCAUUGGCGACUGCAGUGGCCGAGGUCUCAUUAAGCCAUCCAUUGUUGAAAGCGGGGGCCGAGUUGGUUUGUUCGCCAAGCAAUCAUGAAGGCGACGUACAGAAUAUAUUUCGUGCCUGUUGUGAGGAUGUACUGCCAAUUGUUCUUUACGCCAUAGAGUUUGAUAUUUUGACUGAAAAGGACAAGCAAGAACUUCUACAAGUGAAGGCCUUAGCACCGGACAUGGCUGUGUUCUUUGUGAAAUGUAGCAGAAAUCCUCCUGUGGAGCUUACAGAUUCCAUGACUGAAUCAGGUCGUAAUGAUGCCAUCCAGGCCAUGGACCAGGGAAUCGUUAAUGGGGAGCCAAAGGUGAAAGUUCAAACAAAGACAAAUGUUUCUAAAACAAGACUGUUCGAGCAACUCUGUGAGUUAAAAUACCUGUCCUUGGAGGAAGACAGUUGUGAAACACUAGAUGACAACAGCCAACGAACAAACAAUUCCAUCUUGAUGGCCACACGACCAAAGUCAAAUCUGAUAGAGGACUUUGCCCUUUUUCCUUGUUUUCUGCUCUUUGUGCGACAAGUGCUUCAGUACAAUGUGGUUUCAGCUGCAACCGUGCUGAAUGAAGCUCAUGUGAGAGUGCUGGGCAUGUUCAUUACAACAGCAUUUGACAUGGCACGGGACAUGGUAAUUACCCCACGGAGACUUGACUAUGCCAGAGAAAAAGAAGAGGAUCUGUAUAAAGCCCUGAUGGAAAGUGCAAGUCGUAAGCAGGAGGAAAUCAAAGACCUUAUACACUCAACAAUAUCCACCCUGUCACCAGAAAUUUUGAAAGAAGUGGAAGAUCUGAAUUUUGAAGGAAUAAAAGUGUCAUCUGAUGGUGAGCUGGCAAACCCCAAAGAUCUGCAAUACUGCACCACAGUAAUUCAGGAACUUGUUCUUGCAAGAAUUAACAAUUCUGUCGCACAAGGUUUGAUCAGUUCAGUGAAGUAUCUCCAAGACAAUUUUAUUGGAACUCUGAAACGGUGCAUUGAAAGUUUAGAAAAGAUGGACAGAGAAGGAGUGUAUGAAAAUGGGGAGUCGGCGACGUCGUCACUGAGACACGUGCUGGACUCAGCGUACCAAAUUGAGGUUACGGUGAGAGCAAGUUCAUCCCUGGCUCGACUUUUGUGGGAGAAGAUGAAGCAAGCCCUUCAAACUCUUCCUGGUCAAGCCCCACCCAAGGUAGACGGUGCCUGGAAAAGGAAAGUAGCCCAAGAUAUGCUGACUAGUCUCAGUGAAACACGGCUGGCAAGGCACAUCUGCUCACAGUUCAGAACCAGACUCCAAAAAUCCCACGAGGCAUUUGCCACAUCAUUACGAAUCCUUGAAGCACAUCACUGUGGGAGACUUGAAAGGACCGAGGAGAAACGUAUGAGAGUGCGCAAAUGCCAUGCUCCCAAGAUUGCGCGACUUGCUCUGGAGAGCACCUCACUGAGAGAUGUGGUGGUGUAUGGAAUGCCGCAGAUGGGUCGGGAAGUCGGGAGGGGACAGUACGGAGUUGUGUAUUCAUGUGAACGUUAUGCAGGGCAUCAGCCGUGUGCUAUCAAGUCUGUGGUCCCCCCUGAUGAUAAACACUGGAAUGAUUUGGCUUUGGAAUUUUUCUACACAAGAUCCAUACCAAAGCACAACCGCAUCGUGUCCAUCAUAGGCUCAGUGAUUGACUAUAGUUACGGCGGAGGGAGUUCCCCAGCAGUCCUGUUGGUCAUGGACAGACUGCAGCGCGACCUGUACCAAGGAAUCAAGACUGGACUCAACAACAGAGGCAGGCUGUUAGUCGCUCUUGAUGUGGUGGAGGGUAUCCGGUUUCUGCACAGCCAGGGUCUGGUGCACCGCGACAUCAAGCUGAAGAACGUGCUGCUGGAUGCCAAGAACCGAGGUAAAAUAACCGACUUGGGAUUCUGCAAGCCAGAGGCCAUGAUGUCAGGUUCCAUCGUGGGCACACCCAUCCACAUGGCCCCAGAACUGUUUUCCGGUCGCUAUGACAACAGCGUGGAUGUGUACGCUUUCGGAAUCCUCUUCUGGUACAUCUGCGCGGGAACGGUUCGGCUUCCCUUGGCAUUCGAACAAUGUGCAAGUAAAGACCACCUGUGGUCGGCUGUUCGGCGGGGCGUCCGACCCGAGCGCUUGGCGAACUUUGACGACGAAUGUUGGACGCUGAUGGAGGCUUGUUGGUGCGGGGACCCGAGCGGCCGACCGCUUCUCGGAGCCAUUCAACCGAGGCUGAUUGAGAUCAUUAAACGAGUGGAGAACCGGCGCGGAGCUCCGGUCAAGCAGCGACGGGAAACUAGACCAUUCAAAGAACUAGAAAUGUUGCUUUAGCGAAUAAGACUAUCGAGGAGAUUGAGACUAAAUUGAGAGUGAGACAGACUAAAUCAGACAAGGUACCUUUCAUCCAUUGUAGAGCGGCCCUGCCUGUUACGGACCAGCGAAGAAACUCGUGUAGUCGCGCUUAGUUAAGGGAACUCGUAAAUUAUCAAAGGCAAAUUGACCAUAAAGCUUGUCCAUUAUGUAGUCAUUACGCCUGGACCUUUCGAAUAUGUAAAUAUUUCAAAUACCCGGCGUUUUAUUAGAAAGAAACAAUAGCAUAAAAAUAAUAUUUUCAAGGGGUGAAUGACAACCGCGUGUAUUGCAUUUUCUUAUUUGUAUCUUCGUUUAAAACAAGAAAACAAAACCGAACACAAAAAAAUCAUAAAUAAAUUGAAAAUAUACAUUUGAUGAUGGCUUAUAAAUUCAUAACCAUUUCUUCCAAGAUGUAAGUAGGGAAACAAUAAAAAAUGCAUUGUAUAUAGUUUGUGGUUAUUAAAUUAUUUUUCGCUA